AUGAUUGAGAUAACGGAUACACAAAAGAUUGGGGUAGGUUUAGCCGGGUUUGGUAUAACCUUUCUCUUUCUUGGAGUACUCUUACUAUUUGAUAAAGGUCUACUCGCCAUAGGUAAUAUUUUAUUCAUAAGUGGGUUAGGGUGCGUCAUUGGGCUGCAAAGGACGUUCUUCUUCUUCUUCCAGCGGCACAAGAUCAAAGCAUCAGCAUCAUUCUUUGGUGGCAUCAUUGUUGUACUUCUCGGAUGGCCCAUGGUAGGCAUGGUGGCUGAGAUGUAUGGAUUCCUUUUAUUGUUCAGAGGUUUCCUACCAGCGGCGGUGAAUUUCUUAAGAAUGGUGCCAGUGUUGGGGUCUCUGCUAAGUCUACCAUUCAUAAGAGGGCUCGUAGACAGGAUCGCCGGUGACAACGGACGUAACAUGGAAGAAGGCCACCUGCUAUGA